CUGGCGGAUCCCUGGCGGGGUCAUGAAAGUUGUGACUGCCACAUGUUCAGCGCAGUACGCUGGUUCCACUGUCCUCUUUGAGCCCUCUGAUUCUGGUUUGCCUGCUGGGUUGCUUGCGUCCCCUGCCCUGGUCCGAGUAGUCAGAGGUACAGCCUACAUACCUGUUGUUAAUGUGGGCACCAUCGAGGUGUUGUUGCAUCCCCGUACAGCUGUUGGCACGCUGGACUUUGUGAAUGUGGUCAGUCUGCCUGCAGGGGUCACCGAGGUACCCUCAGGUGUGGCCACUCUGUCCUCCCAGACAGCUGUUCCCAGUGUGCAACAGCAGCUGGGAGACAUGGACCUGUCCCCAUUGUCUGCUGAGGAGCAAGGUAGGGUGAGGGCUGUGCUUCAGCAGUACAGCCCUGUAUUUUCAGCCCACGAGGGAGACCUUGGGUGUACCAACCUCAUCUCCCACGACAUUCCUCUGGUUGACAAUGUCCCGGUCCGGCAGCGCUACAGGCGUAUUCCACCUUCUGAGUACGAGAUCGUAAAGAAGCACAUUAACCAGCUUCUGUCAUCCCAGGUCAUUCGGGAGAGCAGUAGCCCCUAUGCGUCUCCUAUCGUAUUAGUGAGGAAGAAAGAUGGUUCAAUUCGCAUGUGUGUUGACUACAGGCAGCUCAACAGUAAAACCCAUAAGGAUGCCUUCCCUCUACCACGCAUAGAGGAGUCCCUGGAUGCUCUGUGUGGUGCUCGCUGGUUCUCGACCCUGGAUUUGGCCAGUGGUUACAACCAAGUUCCAGUUACUGAGGCAGAUCGGGCCAAGACUGCCUUUUGCACACCCUUCGGCCUGUUUGAGUGGAACAGAAUGCCCUUUGGGCUCUGUAACGCCCCCAGUACCUUUCAGAGGUUAAUGCAGCGUAUCUUUGGUGAUCAGCAGUGUCAGUCAUUAUUAUUGUAUCUGGAUGAUAUCGUUGUGUUCUCCUCCACUAUAGAACAACACCUGGAGAGGCUGAAGUUGGUCUUAGGUCGAUUACAGCAGGAGGGCCUCAAGGCAAAGCUCAGUAAGUGCUCCUUCUUCCAGAGAGAAGUGAGUUACUUAGGCCAUGUGAUUUCUGGUGAGGGUGUCUCCACCGAUCCGGGCAAAAUUGAAGUGGUCGCCAACUGGCCAAUUCCUACUACUGUUUCGGAGUUACGCUCUUUUCUCGGGUUCGCCAGUUAUUACAGGCGGUUUGUGGAGGGUUUCGCCAAGCUGGCAGCCCCUCUGCACAAAGUUGUAGCUGAGUGUAGCAACACUAGGGCUGGUAGGAGGUCUGACCGUGGUGUUAUCAGGUGUUGGACUGACCAGUGCCAACAGAGCUUUGAGGCAUUGAAAGCUAGGCUCACCACUGCACCUGUGUUGGCUUAUGCUGAUUUCUCCCUUCCUUUUGUCCUCGAGGUGGAUGCAAGCCAUGGCGGCUUGGGCGCGGUGCUCUCUCAGGAGCAGGCAGGUAAGGUAAGACCGAUAGCCUACGCUAGUCGAGGUCUGAAGCCCACAGAACGGAACAUGGCUAACUACAGUUCCAUGAAAUUGGAGUUCUUGGCCCUUAAGCGGGCCAUGACGGAAAAGUUCAGGGAGUACUUAUUGGGUAAUAAGUGUGUGGUCUAUACUGACAACAACCCUCUUAGUCAUUUGUCUUCGGCUAAACUGGCUGCCACUGAGCAGAGGUGGGCAGCUCAGCUGGCCUCUUUUGACUUUGAGCUCAAGUAUCGUUCUGGCAGAAGUAACAGGAAUGCAGACGCGCUCUCCCGUCAGCACCUGCCUGCCCCUCCAGACGUGGAAACGAUGCUUCCCGGCACCGCCAUGCCUCAGCCCUUGGAACAAGCCCUGAGAUUGAGAAAGGUGGAGGUAACUCAAGCUUCUGUCGCUGUCAUGCCACAGCGUUCUGCCCCGGAACUUCAUGCCCUUCAACAGGCUGAUCCGGUCAUCCAGGAACUGCUAGAAUUCUGGCAAAGAAAGCAGCGUCCCACUCGAGAGGAGCGGGCACAGCUGUCUCAGUCAGCACUGGCCUUGCUUCGUCAGUGGGACAGAUUGGUCGAAAAGGAUGGGGUGCUGUAUCGCCAGGUGUUCCGCCCCGAUGGUGCUGAAGCUAUGCUUCAGUUGUUACUGCCGAGUGCGCUGUGUAAAGAGGUCCUGACCAAAGUCCAUCAGGAGCACGGGCACCAGGGAGUGGAGCGAACGUUGGCGCUCCUACGGUCCCAAUGCUACUGGCCCAGCAUGUCUGCAGACGUGAUCCGAUGGUGUCAGACAUGUGAGAGAUGUCAGGUUGCCAAGGACGUACACCCCAAAGUGUACUGGAAGCAGCAGAGAUCGGAGGACGAAGUCGGUGAGAAGCAGCAGUCUUUCCGCAAGCCGAAGGGAGAGGCUAAGAGGCUAACACUAGGCCUGCUGCAUCCUGUGGACAGUGUCAAGGAGCUAGAGGCUGACAUGAAAAAACUGUACCCCAAGGUCUUUACAGGACUGGGCCUCCUAAAAGGAGAGUACAAAAUAAAGCUGAAAGAAGAUGCCAGGCCCUAUGCACUGUCACUUCCGCGACGAGUCCCACUACCUUUAUAUGACAAGGUGAAGGCAGAACUCAAGAGAAUGGAGAAAAUGGGAGUGAUUGAGCCGAUUGAGGAACCUACAGAGUGGUGCGCAGGAAUGGUGGUGGCUCCUAAGCCCAAUGAAAAAGUCAGAAUCUGCUCAGACAUGACUCACCUGAACGAGUAUGUUUGCAGAGAGCGCCACAUCCUGCCUGCUGUCGAUGAAACAUUGGCAAAGUUAGCAGGAGCAACAGUCUUCACAAAACUGGAUGCCACAGCUGGAUUUUGGCAGGUGCCUCUACAUCCAGACUCAGUUCCGCUGACGACUUUUAUAACACCGUUUGGAAGAUACUGCUACAAAAGGUUGCCAUUCGGAAUAUCGUCAGCACCGGAACAUUUUCAAAAGAGACUCACUCAGAUGAUGACAGGACUGGAGGGAACUGUGUGUCACGCAGAUGACAUACUGGUUUUCGGAUCCACCAGAGAACAGCACGAUCAAAGACUGCAAAGAGUGCUGGAGCGGCUCCAGCAGGAAGGGCUGACUCUCAACAACGAUAAGUGUCAGUUUGCAGUAGAAAAAGUCAUGUUCCUGGGUCACAUCGUGACAGCACAGGGCAUUGAAGCGGACCCUGGCAAAAUCAAAGCGAUUAUGGAGAUGCCUACACCUAAAGAUACUGCAGAUGUAAAGAGGUUUGUGGGCAUGGUGAACUAUGUCGGAAAGUUUUCCCCACGUGUUGCUGAGCUCACACAGCCACUAAGAGAGCUCCUCAAAGCAGACACCGCUUGGGAAUGGGGGGCAGCACAACAGCGCGCCUUUGAUGAACUUCGACAAGAACUGAGCUCACCCACUGUCCUGGCUCAAUUCAGAUUACGACUACUUCGCUUCACAUAUACAAUCGAACACGUUCCAGGAAAGAACUUAAUCACGGCUGAUGCAUUGUCCAGAGCACCCAUCCAAGCUCCGCCCACGAUGGAGGACAGCAAGAUGUAUGCGUGUCUGUCAACCAGAUUUUGCAACAGCUGCCAGCAACAGAAAAGUAAUGGGGAAGCGGAGAGGGCUGUGAGGACUGUCAAAUCUCUCCUGAAGAAGGGGGAGGAUCCACACAAGGCUCUCAUGGCGUACAGGGCCACACCCUUGGCUCAUGGCUCGUCACCUGCACAGUUGCUGAUGGGUCGUAACAUCAGGACACCGCUGCCCGUCAGCCAGGAGAAACUUCAACCAAAAUGGCCAGAUCUUCGACUAUUCCGGAGCAAAGACCAGGAUCAGAAACACAAACAAGCUAUCUGGUUCAACAAGAGACACAAAACACAAAUAAAACAAGAGCUCACACCAGGACAAAAGGUCUGGGUGAAGAACACCAACGACGCAGGAACAAUCAGCAGUCCAGCCAACACCCCGAGGUCAUACAACAUUGACAUGCCGUCGGGACAUCUCAGGAGAAACAGAUCUCACAUCAGAGACACAUUAAGAGGUGACACGUUCCCAUGUCGAAGGAGGUUAAUAAAGCUUCAGAUGAAGACCUACGUGAGCCUUCUCUAUGCACGUCCACACAUCAUAGCACACAAAGCUAGCGGCUUUAUGGGGCAUUUGUUGGCGUCACGCCCCAAUGAAAUCCUUGCCAUAGAUUACACCACCCUGGAGCCUGCCCAGAAUGGUGUAGAGAACAUCUUGGUGAUGACAGAUGUGUUUAGUAAGUACACCUUAGCUAUUCCAACCCAUGAUCAGCGUGCUGCCACGGUGGCCAAGGUUCUGGUGUCCGAGUGGUUCUACAAGUUUGGUGUUCCUUCUCGGUUGCAUUCUGACCAGGGUCGUAAUUUUGAAAGCUCCCUCAUCCAGCAGUUGUGUAACUUGUACGGCAUUGUGAAAUCUCGUACCACUCCCUACCAUCCGCAGGGAAAUGGUCAGUGUGAGCGGUUCAACCGUACACUCCACAAUCUGUUGCGUACACUGCCAGUCUCCAGGAAGAGGGAUUGGAAUGCCUGUUUGCCCCAGGUCCUCUACUGUUACAACACUACUCCCCAUCAGGCCACGGGUGAGUCGCCCUUUUUCCUGAUGUUCGGCCAAGACCCUCGACUGCCGAUAGAUUUCCUGUUGGGUCGAGUGGAGAGUCCUGUUGGUGGCUCGGUUCACGAGUGGGUUCAGGAGCACCAAGCUCGACUGCAGGUGGUAUUUGAAGGUGCAAAGGAGCGCUUGCAACAGGCCGCUGAUCGCAGACGACGAGCCCAUGACCAGCAUGUGAGACAUCUACCGUUAGAUGAGGGUCAGUUGGUGUUUUUGCGGGACUUUAGCGCUAGGGGCCCUCAUAAGACCCGUGAUGGGUGGAGUUCGGUAAAGUAUCAAGUGUUGAGGGCACCAGGCCAAGGGGGUUCCGUGUACACAAUCGGGCCAGUAGACGACCUCACCAAGGUAAGACAGGUACAUCGUACUAUGUUGAAGGCCGUGGUUGGAGUAGACUCCUCCGGUAGUGCCUCUUCCCAUAACUCUCCCCUUGUUGCAGAGCCACCUGUUGAAGAUGAGUGCUCAUUUGAGUAUGAUUUGCUUGUUUUGGGACACCAGACUCCUGAGGUACCCGCUGCCAUGCCCACCACCAGGUUAGUGACAAUGACUUGUCCCACACCCCAGAUUUUAGUGCCACCGCCCAACUCAGACCCCCCUGGGCGUCGUCCCUCGAGUGCUUCACCAGAGGAAGCCUCAACAUCUUUGGCUGUUCCCUUAGUUGGUCAGGCCGGUUCGGAUCACAUGGCUCCUCGUCGGACCCUUCGGUCAACUGCUGGCCACCACACUAAUGUGUAUCACCUCCCACGGCCAGUUAGAAACCCACAAGUUGCCAACCCUUCUGUUUCGAAUGGAGUGUCUGCUUUGUUUAGACCUUGGAGCUAGUUUGUAGUGUCUCCCUCAUUUUUGUUCAUCGUCGGGGCGACGAUGCAAGAAGGGGGGGUAGAAUGUAGCAGCAUAGGAGUAUAUCCAUAUCUCCCUAUGCAGCGUGUCCCGUUAAACAGAGUUCACGGCCGGCCAAUCAUUGUGUAGGUGGAGAGUAUUUAAGCAGCGCUCCUCUCACUGCUUCUCUCUCUGCACUUCCGUCUGUGUACUUCCGGGUCAAGUGUUCGACUGAGACAGUGACCGGUGUGCUGUUGGGGCAUACGUGUCUUUCGCCGUCCUAUUGUGGUGAGACGCCCGUAGCCGCAUAGGUUUACUCCCUCCCUCGCUCCUCUCAUGUGCCUGUGUAUCUGCUUAGACGGUGUAAUCUGCCUGAAUGCCAGCCGUCUGAGAACUCCGCUGUUUUGUCUCCGCUGUUCUGUCUCUGUGGUUGCUCUCGCUGCUUCGUCUGCGCGUCCGCUGCUUGCCUUGGCUGGCUGCUUUCCCGCCGCUGUGCUGCGGCUUGCCGCUGACCUGUUCCGCUGCUGCUCGGUCUUGUGGCUUCGCCUGGCUGGGAGCUUGGCGCUGGUGGCCUCUGUCUGUGCUCUGGACUGCUCUGCCUGCUGUGGUCGGCCCGCGGGCUGGGCUGUGACUGACUUGCCAGGCCGCUCGGCCUCUCCUGACAGACACUACGUGCAAUUUCUAUUAUUAUAUAAGAGUUCCACUUUUAUGUGUGUGUUUUAAUGGUGGGGUUGUAGAUCCCUUUUUGUUUAGUUACAAUUGUAUAGGUUUUGCUUUUGUUUAGAUUAUUUCUAUAGGUUUACCUUUUUUUGUUUUAGGGUUAUUUUGACUUAGUUAUAUUUUCUAGUCUAGUUGCUUUAUUUGAUUUUGGGAAUUGGGUGGAUUUUCCUUGAAUAGUUCUUCUUUUGUUUAUCAUGUUGUUUUGCUUGUUUAAUUUGUGUUUAGUGGCUCUACCUUUAAUUUAGUUAGUACAAUUUUGUUACUUUUGUUUAAUUGCUUUAUUAUUUCGUUUUUGACCCCACUAAUUGUUUUAUUCCCUUUUCAGUUGCUGAGGAUCGGUGGUGGUGCUGGUGGUCUGGGUGGCGGUAUCCCCUCCUUCCGUGUGCGGUGCUCCUCUGGGAUUGGUUUUCUUUGCACAACCCUGUGUGAGUGUGUCACGUGUGACUGGGUGCUUUUUGAGUUGUUUUGGGUGGAUCCCUCCCCCCUUCACUAGCCCAUUGUCCACCUGGUAAGCCUCAGCACCUGAUUAGGUUUCCCUCUUCCCCUUCUUGUGUGUGGUAUUUUAAAAGGAUGUUAACUUGUUAAUAAAAUCUAUUAAU